AGCAUAUUCAUUCUUCUGUAAUUUUUUGCUUAAUUUCAACAUUGACAGGCCACGUUUCGUGAAAGAUUGCUGGAAUGCGCACCACAACUGAUGCAUCUAAUGAAGCUAACUCCAAGAAACGACACCAUGCACAUAGUCGUGCAUGUCCAGGACCAUAAAAAUGAAAAUGAGGAAGCAGUUCAGAUGGCUGUGCUUCCCCUUCUGUGUGCCCACUUCAAAGACGACGAGAAGUGCCUUUUUCAAGUCUUUGAGGAGGGCACCAGUCUUGUAGGGAAGCUUGGUCAGCUACCUUCAACUCCUACCAGCGUCGUACUAGGGAGCAUCUUCAAAAAAGACUGCUAUAUAGCAGCAGAACAGCAGCUCCUCUUUUCAGAAGGAUUAGAUUUUGUGGAGGCGACGUGCCUGCUGUUCCUAACAUACUACGUAUUAAAUAUGUCCUAUGCUGAUGGAGCAGACACCACAUUAGAGUUUUUGCAAAGACAGAUAUUUGACAUAAAUCCGUCAAAGGGCAGCAGAUGCCAAGGUGCAAAAAAGUCACGCACCAAUGUGAGCAUGAAAAUGAUGAGACUCGCCCAGAAGCUUCGAGUGAAUCAGUGA